AUGGAGGAGGCGGGACUGGGGCGGUCAGGGUGCUGGCUGCGGGCCCAGCUGGUGGCAGGGGCACGACUGCAGGUGCUGGACCUGCGGGGGCGUGAGCGCUACGAGGCUGGGCACGUGGUUCAGGCACUGAGUGUGGCUCUGCCUGGCCUGCUGCUGCGCCGCCUGCGCCGGGGGCAGUUACCCACACGAGCCUUGUUGCCUCGCCCCCCUGGCCCGGUGCUGCUGUACGACGAGGCCACAGCCACCCUGCCCACGGAGCCCGAGCCUGAGCCCCUGCUGGUCACCUUGCUGCGCCAGCUGCGCCGGGAGGGCUGUGCUGCCUACUUUUUGCUGGGUGGCUACUCCAAGUUCCAGGCAGAGUGGCCAGAGUACUGUGAGAGCAGCCAGGCAGUACCUGGCUCCGGGCUCCCAGCAGCAGUGGGGGGAGGUGUGGUGGGUCUGGGGGGUUUGAGUCUGGGCUCAGAUGGAGACUCAGGCUCACCGAGUAGCAGUGGUGGGGGAGAUUCGGCGGGUCCCAGCCCCCCGCCCCCACACCCAGUGCAGAUUCUGCCCCACCUAUAUCUGGGAGGGGCCCGAGAUGCAGCCGACCAUGAGGCCCUGGCCCGCCUGGGUAUCCGUUAUGUGCUCAACGUCACACCCAACUUGCCCAACCUCUUUGCUGAGCACGGUGGCUUCCACUACAAGCAAAUCCCCAUCUCUGACCACUGGAGCCAAAACCUGGCCCGCUUCUUCCCCGAAGCCAUUGCUUUCAUCGACGAGGCGGCGGCACAACAGUGCGGGGUGCUGGUGCACUGCCUGGCAGGUGUGAGCCGGUCAGUGACGGUAACAGUGGCCUACUUGAUGCAGCGCCUGCGCCUCUCACUCAACGAUGCCUACGACCUCGUCAAACGGAAGAAGGCUGAUGCCUCCCCCAACUUCAACUUUCUGGGCCAGCUGCUAGACUUUGAGCGCCAGCUGGGCCUGGCUGAGGGUGGGCUUGGGCCUGGUAGCCCCCCGGGCCCCCAAAGUCCCAGCCCUGCGCCCUCCCCUGCUGCCUUCUUCUCUGAUGAUGACCCAGGGCCAUCCCCUCAUAACCUCACAUAGCCCCCUAGGCCUGGCAUUUACCCCCCCCACUUUCCCGCACUCUAGUGUAAGAGCUUAUGGCCUGGGGGCUCAAACUCAGGGAGGGCAGUGGCUAACCUAUAAAAUUCCUCCCCCCUUCCCCCAACCACUGGCACCAGUGGAGCGGUCCCUGGUGGUUGGGCACCUACCCCCAUUGUUUCUUGGGGGACUGGAACCAGCUGCUGGAGAAUAACCUGGAACUGGCAAUUGAGAACCUGAAGCCUAGGUUCUAGACUACCCCCCCAUCUGCUGGGAUCUACAAGAGACUUGGAUCGUCUGUGCAUCCAGAACAAAGGUGGAUCUAGACUGGAACCUCAUGGGAUGCUCUAGGACAAGCCCAGCCCCUGGGGUGCCAGGUCCAGGCUGAAGCCGGGUCAGGACCAGGAGGCACUAUGGGUGCCUCUCUGUGUGUGCCUGCCCAGCUGGAGGGAAGGGACUCUGCGCCCUGGCUGCGUCUGUGUGCGUGUGUCCUAUUCUCCCUGCCAGUGGAGGCUGGAGUCCACCCUCCAUGCACAUGCCUGCAGGUGCGUAACCCUUGGGAGGGGUUGCCAUGUGCACAUGUGCAUCUCAGGCCUUUUAUUUUUAACAGUUUUCAUAUAUGUGGGGUUGAGGGGGCAGGAGCUGGGGUGACCCUGGGGCUGGUGGUCUCCCCCUGAAACAAAGUGGACAAUAAAGCAGGACUUUAUCACCAAA